AUGAACAGAAGAAUAAGACCAGCACUUGGCAUAAGCACCAUCCUCAGUUGUUGCUCUUACCAUCAAAUUGCGUUACCACGAUCGAGAUAUCUGAUAUUAAAAAAAUACUUGACACAAAUUGUGGGGAAAGAAAAAAAGGGACAUCACAGGAGGAGUGAUGUGGAUAGAAAUGUAACUGAAGAAUACUCCUAUCCAUUAGCAUGUAGAGGAAAAAUAGAAAAAAAAAAACGGAAGAACAUUUAUCAAACGUCGAUUUUCUAUGACGAAGUUACAGAUAAAAUAAAUGUGGAAAAUAAUAAAAACAUAUUGAACAUCAUAAGAAAUAGUAAAAUUAAAAAUUUUAGUGUGAAUGACUGUAUUUUAUUUAUGAAUUAUAUCAUUAGAAAUAAAAAAAAUAGUCAACUUGAUAAAGAAACCAAAAAUUUGAAUAAGGUGAAGUUAACUUCAACAUUGUAUAAAGAAGCUAAUGAGAAAAUUAUUAAAAGUAUAUUAACAUAUGAACCAAAAUAUAUUUUUUUUUUUUUUAACAAAUUUUCAGAACUCAGAGAUAUAAAUACCCUGAAAUAUCUCUUCAUACAUAUGUAUACAAACCAUAUCCUUCAAUUGUUUUCCAUUUAUCACCUCACUGAAAUUAUAUACAAUUUGUCUAUGCUUAACUGUACAUUAGGGAAUAAUGAACAGAUAUUGAACACAUUUCUCGAUUAUUUCCUCACAAAUGUUAUUCAGAAAAAUCAAAAUAUCAAAAAGUUACAGAAAAAAGUAAUCAACCAUUCUAAUACAAAUGCAGACGCUACUAGCGAGCCAAAAGCUGUAUACAUACGAAGCCUUACCGGACGAACUACUAAAACUGAAUAUAGACAACAUGUGCAGGAAUUUCGACAGAAAUGGCCCCUCAACAGAGAUCCAAUCAAAGAGGAAGAUGCUCAAUUCAGUGUGAAAUCCCUUUCUAAUGUUAUGCUGUACAAGCUAAUUUAUGGCCUCACAAAAAUGAACCAAAGGAAAGAACAAGUCAAAGAGAUGUUGGUUCUGCUAAUACCAUACAUUCGAUUUCAAAUUCAAAAUAAAAAUUACAUAUUCUCGCGCGAGAGAAGUGAUAUAAUUGUAAAAAUUGUGUGGUCUUAUGCAUAUCUACAAGAACGACAUAUAAAUCUGUUUAUUGAUUUCUCUCUGUGCAUUCAGAUGGUUAUAGAUGAAUUGAAAUUGGAGCAUCUCAAAAUUGUAAAAAAAAUUUAUGAAAAUUUACUCAUUUUUGAUGAAUCCCUACUUGAUAAAUUAGACGAACGUAUAAAUCACAUCGAAAAUAAUUCCCCACAGCAGUUUUCACAACCGAGGAAAAAACCUUUUAAGAAGAAAAAAAAAAGGCUUGAAAUGACAGACGAAAUUAGGUUCAAAUUCAAGGGAUCUCAUGCAUAA